GGAGUAUGGAAACUGAACACUGUAGGCAGACUAACCCUAGAUAAUUCCUCUCUCUCUCUCAUCCUCCCCUUUUCUCUCUCUUUCCCUCUCUCAGUGUGUCACCACUUCAUAUCCUUCAUAGUGUUCUGAUCAGACACCAUCAGAGGGAAGAAAACAAUCACUCCACCAUUCAUUUGCUCUCCUAGUGACAUGCAGCACAGAGGGCGGCUGCUGCUGCUGCUGCCGUGUACACAGAGAAUUAUUAAAACCACACGCCUAUCUCGCAGUUCAGAGAAGAUCCAGUCAGCACUGAAGGCAGGAAUCUGAGUGAGGGGCUUCAUUUCAAGACAUCUGUCUUCCUCGCUGCUCUUGCGGUUAUCUUCAGCCCUGCAGCAGGAGGCAAAGCAGAAGGAUAAGAAGGUGACUGCUGCUGGUAAUGGAGCUGGUUGUCUGAUGUUUUCCAGCGUGUGACGUUCAGGGAAUGCUUGGAGAACACGGACAUAAGGACUGAGCACAAUGAGCAUCCAGGACAAAUGGGUCACACUGACCCCAGCAGAAUUUGCCUUGCUACAGGAAUAUACUCAGUACUCCACCAAGAAGCUAAAGGAUGUGUUGCAGGAGUUCCAUGGAGACGGUGUGUUGGCUAAAUACAACCCAGAGGAGAGGCAGGAAAUCCUCCAUCAGGAGAUCGACUUCGAAGGUUUCAAGGUUUUCAUGCAGACGUUCCUGGAGAGUGAACUCCCUGAGGAGUUCUGUCAACACCUCUUUAUGUCGUUUAGCAACAAAGGACCUAAACCAAGUCCCUCAUCUACCGACAAGCCUAAAGUCUCUGGCCUUAAGCUCAUCAAAAGCAACUCCACUCCUCUGAAGACCCCUGCCCUGCCUGGGCCUCAGGAUACGGUGCAACUGAAGGAUAUUGUGUUUUACCUCUCACUGCUGGAAGGCGGGCGCCCUGAGGACAAGCUAGAAUUCAUGUUUCGGCUCUACGACACAGAUGGAAAUGGAUCACUUGACAGCUCGGAGCUGGAGCACAUUAUCUCCCAGAUGAUGCACGUAGCAGAGUACCUGGAAUGGGACGUGACGGAACUCAAACCAAUCCUUCAAGAAAUGAUGCAUGAGAUUGACUAUGAUCAGGAUGGCACGGUGUCACUGGGGGAGUGGAUUCAAGGGGGCCUGACAACCAUCCCUCUGCUGGUCCUUUUGGGCCUGGAGACGAAUGUAAAAGAUGACGGGCAGCAUGUGUGGAGAUUGAAGCACUUCAACAAACCCGCCUACUGUAACCUGUGUCUCAACAUGCUAAUUGGACUGGGGAAGCAGGGACUCUGCUGCUCAUUUUGCAAGUAUACGGUCCAUGAGCGCUGUGUGGCUCGCGCUCCACUGUCUUGCAUCAAAACAUAUGUGAAGUCCAAGAAGAACACAGAGGUAAUGCAUCAUUUCUGGGUGGAGGGGAACUGCCCCACCAAGUGUGACAAGUGUCACAAAACCAUUAAGUGUUACCAGGGCCUGACUGGGCUCCACUGUGUUUGGUGUCAAAUCACGCUCCAUAACAAGUGUGCUUCCCACGUGAAACCUGAGUGUGACUGCGGACCCCUGAAGGAUCACAUCCUGCCCCCAAACUCAAUCUGCCCUGUUGUUCUGGAACGGCAGUCGACUCUGAGGAAGGACUCACGGUCAAGCCAGUCGAGUCGAGGAAAGAUGCAGAGAGCCAAUUCUGUCACAGUGGACGGCCAAGGGCUGCAGAUCACAACAAUAGAGGGCACUCAUCCUCUGCUGGUGUUUGUCAAUCCGAAGAGCGGGGGCAAGCAGGGGGAGAGGAUUUACAGAAAGUUCCAGUAUCUCCUGAACCCCAGACAAGUUUACAACCUGGCCAAGAAUGGACCAAUGCCAGGUUUGAACAUCUUCCGAGAUGUUCCUGAUUUUAGAGUAUUAGCCUGUGGAGGAGAUGGCACUGUGGGCUGGAUCCUGGAUUUUAUUGAUAAGGCCAACCUGGACAGGAACCCUCCAGUAUGUAUACUUCCUCUUGGCACGGGCAAUGACUUGGCGAGAUGUCUGCGAUGGGGAGCAGGCUAUGAGGGUGAAAACCUCCUAAAGAUCCUUCGGGAUAUUGAGAACAGCACCGAAGUGAUGCUGGAUCGCUGGAAGAUCGAUGUGACGCCCACUGACAAGGAGGAGCGAGGGGACCCGGUGCCUUACAGCAUUAUGAACAACUACUUCUCCAUCGGAGUGGAUGCAUCAAUUGCACAUCGUUUCCAUGUGAUGAGAGAGAAGCACCCUGAGAAAUUCAACAGCAGAACAAAGAAUAAGCUGUGGUACUUUGAGUUCGGCACUUCGGAGACGUUUUCGGCCACAUGUAAGAAGCUCCAUGACUUCUUGGAGGUUGAGUGUGAUGGUGUUACUCUGGACCUCAGUAGCAUAUCCUUAGAAGGCAUUGCAGUUCUCAACAUCCCAAGUAUGCAUGGAGGCUCCAAUCUUUGGGGGGAAAGCAAAAAGAGGAGGGGUCAGCGUAAGGCGGGGAAGAAAAAUCAAGAAAAACGGACUCCAGUGGUUGACCCCAAAGAGCUCAUGUUUGCUGUUCAAGACCUGUCUGACCAAUUUCUGGAGGUAGUGGGACUGGAAGGAGCCAUGGAGAUGGGGCAGAUCUACACGGGCCUGAAGAGCGCUGGAAGACGUCUGGCCCAAUGCUCCUCUGUAACCAUCAGAACCAGUAAAUCCCUCCCAAUGCAGAUUGACGGCGAACCUUGGAUGCAGACUCCCUGCACUAUUGAGAUUGUCCACAAGAACCAGGCUCACAUGCUAAUUGGACCGUCACAAGGCCGCAGCUUCUUCUCCUCCAUCCUCAGACGAACGCGCUCUGAAAGCAAAGACUAAACCAUCAUUGUGGGACAGAUUUGAGUUCUCUUAAACUCCUGCAGGGCAGCUGUAGGCACGUUUCAUUGAGACCCAGUGGUCCAGAGAAAGUGAACUUUGAUGCCUGUUUCAUAGCCAAGCGCCCCGUAGCAUGCUGUAGGUUCGGUUUGUGUUGCCUGCAGCAUGAAGAUGUGUCUCAGAUUGUUGUUGUUGAAUCCAAAAUAAACUGUGAUCAGAACAGACAGUUUGAUCUUCAGUGAGCUCCAAAAAUACCGAAGUUAUUUCUGGAAGUACUCCUCUGUUCUUGUUCUAUUUUCUGUAAAAAAAAUAUUGUAUUUUUUGCUGUUCUGCUCUGUGCCAAUUUGAACAACCAAACAGAUAAAUUAUGCAUUUAUAAAUUUAAUAAUGCUCUGCUGUUUAUGCUGUUCUGCUGUAUUUCUGCACACACCUGAUGCAUGAUGGGGAGUUAAAAAGGGUGAUGUUGUCUGCUGACAUUUGCUGCAAAUUGUAGGGUAUUUGCUCAAGACCCCAGCUAUAUUUCAUUACCAGAAGCUUCUAAAAUAGAGAUCUGUUUGCUCCAUAGUCCAUACAAGUCAUCUUUUUCACAAUUUUAUCAGCUUUGUUGCUGCUCUUUAACUAGAGGUUUUGAGACACAUUUAUUCAUUGCUCUUCAACAUGCAUGCUCCUCUUUGCUUAUGCUGCAUGGGAAAUUGUUCAGACAGUUUUACCAGUUCUGUACACACAUACUGUUGCAUGAGAGAGCAACUGGUUUUUGGACAUUCAUUAAGUGUUCAUCACCUGUUCUACAAUUAAAGAUUCAUUUCCUGUGUGAUAAAUUAAGCAAACAACAAAUAAAUGUUGUAACUGACUGUAGAAAAGUACAUUGAAUGACAACCGCCUGUCGGUGCUCUUGAAAGCAUGCAACUAAUUCCAGGGUCUCAAAAUAAAUUGAGUUAAAGUAUAUAUGGUGCAAAAGAUGAAUAUUAAUCAAUGUUUGCAGUUUUAACCCUUGGCACUGGUCUUGAUUCGUUUCUGUAUUUUUAUUUUCCCUUCACUUGCACCAAGAGCAUAAACUUUUAAUAUUCUUUAGAUGUUUUGCACAUUUUCUGUAAGAACAGUGUCUUUUUAAAAUGCAUUCUGCAUGUUUUCGGAAAACAUAAAAUAGUUGGACCAGCUGAUAUUUCUUUAGAGGUGCCAUUUGCAAUGCAGAGACUAUGAUCUGAGUCUCCCUAUUUUCUUGUGCUUUGUAAAGUGCAGCAUUUGUACAGUGAAGUUGUAUUUUUGUACACAGUAUGAUUUAUUUUUCUGUACCUGCUUCACUUUUGCGCUCACGCCGCGUUGUUGUUGCCCACAGAUAAGUUACAUCUGACUGAGAAAAGUGAAAGAAACAAUUAAAGGCUAUUGUUGUGUGAUCCAGUG